ACAGGACUGGACCGGUCCACACACACGGUCCACCCCACUGUCUUGAUGGUAAGAACCAGGCUGAGGGUUGUGACGUCACUUCCUGUACAGUAGGUGGCGCUGUGCACCUCCGGGCUGUUUGUGCUCCGCCAGUUGUGCCGAGUGGAGAAGAAGAAGAAGAAGUAGGUGAAAGGUGGAGAAGACGACAGUCUGUCAUUCUUCUACACGGACUGUGAACGGAACCGUCUCUUUCUCCUCCAGAACAAACCCAACCAUGCUGCAGAACACAGGGAAGUUGGCCGGCCUCACGCUCUUCGUCACCGGAGGGAGUCGCGGGAUCGGUAAAGCCAUCGCUCUGAAAGCUGCCAGAGAUGGAGCCAAUGUCAUCAUCGCCGCCAAGACCGCCGUGCCCCACCCCAAACUACCAGGAACCAUCUACACAGCUGCUCAGGAGGUGGAGGCGGCAGGCGGGAAAGCGUUGGCCUGCGUGGUCGACAUCCGUGAUGAGCAGCAGAUUGGAGAAGCUGUUCAGAAAGCCGUCGACAAGUUUGGAGGAAUUGACAUCCUGGUGAACAACGCGAGCGCCAUCAGUCUGACGGGAACUCUGGAGACGCCGAUGAAGAAGGUCGACCUGAUGUUAGGAAUCAACCUGAGAGGAACCUACCUGACGUCUAAGCUGGUCAUCCCUCACCUGCUGAAGAGUCGCAGUCCUCACAUCCUGAACUUGUCACCGCCGCUCAACCUCAACCCCGUCUGGUUCAAGAACCACACAGCAUACACAAUGGCAAAGUACGGCAUGUCCAUGUGCGUUCUGGGAAUGGCUGAAGAGUUCAGAGGUCAAAUUGCGGUCAACGCCCUCUGGCCUCGGACCGCGAUCCAGACAGCAGCGAUGGACAUGUUGGGUGGAGACGGCAUCGGGAAACAGUGUCGUACAGCCGACAUCAUGGCAGACGCUGCCUAUGCCAUCCUGUCCCGACCAAAGGACUACACGGGUCACUUCGUAGUGGACGAGGACAUCCUGAAGGAGGAGGGAGUCAUAGACUUCGAACAGUACGCUGUCCAACCGGGUCACCCCCUGCUUCCAGACUUCUUCCUGGACGAUGCACCUGAGACUCUGGUCAAGAAGAUGGAGGAACACGGGGCAACCCCGGCCUUCAAACCACCAUCGUCAGCGGCACCGCCUUCUCGUGGACCAAUAGAGAGCACGUUUGAUGUCAUCAGAACAGUCAUCAAUGAAGACGUCGUCAAGACGACACAGGGUGUUUAUCAGUUCGACCUAUCAGGAGAACACGGGGGUGUGUGGUUUCUGGACUUGAAGAGCGGUUCUGGUAGCGCGGGUCAGGGCGAGCCCCCCGUCAAAGCUGAUGUCGUCAUGACGCUGGAUUCCAAUGACUUCACCAAGAUGUUUGCAGGGAAGCUGAAGCCGACUCUGGCCUUCAUGUCUGGGAAGCUGCGGAUCAAAGGUGACAUGACGCUCGCCAUCAAACUGGAGAAACUGAUGAGUCGCAUGAACAAGGCCAAACUGUAAGACUGAAGCCCCGCCCACAUGUAUUAUCAAGCCCCGCCCAUGUCCUGUUUGUAACUGUACUUGUUGCCUUAAUAACAAUAAUAAUAAUAGAAAUGAUGAUGAGGAUGAUAAGAUGUUAAUAAAAUCUACCUUGAUAAUAAA